UAUAAGCGUCCGCAAGGCGCACGCUAAACCCUAGACGCGAAAGCCCUGGAGCUUCACAAAUAGGGAGGGUUUUGGAAUCGAAUCCAUGUCGGAAAGAGAAGAUGACUCCGAUGCCCCAGAUGAGUUCACAUCCGAGCAGGGUUUCCAACAAGAUGAGGGCAUAAGGAAAGUUCAGAAAGAAAAUAAAGCUAGGAUUGUUCGUGAAGGAAAAGAACGCCGCAGACAGUGGGCUCAAAAGAAAACACCACGGCAAUCUGGAGGUGGUGAAAGUGCCAUUGGUUUGGUAGAUAAUGAAACACCCCAACGCCCUCUGGGUAGUGAUGGAAUGCUUCCAAAUGAUAUUGUAGAACUUCUUGCAGCUCGUGAGAAACAAGUAUUUGCGUCAGAUUCUGAGGAAGAUGAGGUGAAGGAAAAGGCCAAGGAAAAGACCAUCUCAAAGAAGAAACGAGCCAAAGGCUCUGGGCUGGAACCUGUUAUUUUGAAGGACAUAGCACCUGCACAAUGCUUACAAAAUUCCAUAGAAUUUUUGAAGAAAAGGAAAAUGCAAGUCUCAAGGUCAACUUCAGUUUUAAACAACUCCAAUCAAGCUCUGCGCCUCCUUUCUUCAUCUGGGUUGUUAAGUAAGAAGUGACUGAGAAACGUGCCAAUGAACUGAAUGAUCAUUAUCUCCUCCGGCUACUAUGAAAUUGAGAAAUUAAGGAGCGCCAUUGAUUGAUUCCCCAAACACGAAGACGAGACCUCCCUCCGAUUGAAACAAAAGUAGAGAGAAUGAGCCCACUAACCCACGUGGCCGAAUGCAAUUGGUCAAAGACCACCAGUCAGGCUGCUGAGUUGGUAGUCCAGUAGUACCAAUCAAUAUUCUUUUACUAGGGCUGAGCAGUCAAUGAAAAUUAAAUUGAAUUGAAUUGAAUUGAAGUUCAGUUAAAAUUUUAAUUUUGGUUGGUUCUGUUUAA